CUCUCAUUUAAAUCUUAUUGAAAUCGGUAACAAAGACGGUAAUAACACAAGUAUCUUUCGAUUGGGAACGAACCUGUCCUACUUAUUUUGGAGGAUUAUUUAGCCGUCGAAUACUUGAAACAUUUUCCAAAUAUUAGAGCUGUUGACAGAUUUUUACAUAAUUGUGUAAUACUGAAGUGACCGAGGAGGUAGUUCCUUUGCGAUCGCACGUUUUAUCGAAGGUCGGUCGUCGGAUUGACUUGAGGAUUCUUCAGAGUCCGAGAUCUUGUAAACACUGACGAUUCUGCCAUGUAUCAAUGCAAGGCAACGAGACUUGUUUUUCUUUGCUGUUUUAUUGUCAGGGCUGUUUUCAGUGCAGUUGUGGUAACAUUGCAGCCCAUUGACUACUACAAUGGUGGCCAUAAGGAUUAUGAUGGUGUAUGCUGCGACAACCUAGGUAGUUGGUGGUGUUUCAAUGAAUGCGAGAACUGGUUUCAAUUCUGUAUUACUACAUUUCCUGUCAAAGAUUGGAGCAAGUGUCAAGUGUUCAAAGUCACAUAUGUUCUCGGUGAUGACGAUUUCACUUUUCCUGGAUACGGUCACAAGCUUGGCUCCAAUUUCUACAAUCCAAUAAGGUGGACGGCUGUCGACCGUUGGCAGGGUGCAUUUGGUUUGUUGGCUAAUGUUUGGGAUGAUGAUCAUAAUAAUUUUCUUGGUAUUGGUAGCGCGGAUGAAAAGAUCGACGUUUAUCGCAUGAAUGUGUAUAUAAGUGCGGGGCGGGACGAAAACAACGCAGUUUCAAAGCGCUUCUACGCAACCGGGCGACGUUCAAGCCUUGGUUUUCUUGCUAGGGCUUGGUGCGCCACGAAUUACUACGGCCCAGAUUGUUUUACAUACUGUGUUGCAAAGGACGACUCAUCUGGACAUUAUACAUGUGACCCAGCUUCUGGCAGUAAACAGUGCAAUACGGGGUGGAAAGGGAGCAACUGUCAUUUGCCCAUUUGCCUGUCUGGUUGUGAUCUGUCCCAUGGAUCAUGCAAUUUACCAAAUCAGUGCAAUUGUGUCAGCGGCUGGACUGGAGUAUUCUGUAAUAAAUGCAUUAAAAAGACCGGUUGCGUAAACGGGUAUUGUGUUUCUGGUCAUGAUUGUGUCUGCAACAGCGGAUGGACUGGUGAGAACUGCGACAAGGACCUGAACAGCUGCCGAAGCGGCCCUUGUAGAAAUGGUGGGACGUGUUCCAACACAGGAACAGAUGCUUUCAGCUGUGCUUGUGUUCCUGGUUACACUGGAACCUUGUGUGAAACUGAAAUCAACAUGUGUGCCCCUGACCCCUGCCUAAAUGGUGCUACCUGCGUAAACAGAAGAACCGAUUACUACUGCUCUUGUCUUCCUGGAUAUAAUGGCAAAAACUGUCAAACAGAUAUCAACGAAUGUGCAUCUAACCCCUGUAAAAACGGUGGAACUUGUGAGGAUCAAGUAAACGACUUCAAAUGCCGUUGUCUGGCUGGAUAUACUGGUAAAGACUGCAGUGUUGAUAUAAAUGAAUGUAGCAGCAACCCUUGCCAAAAUGGAGGUCAAUGCCUCGAUGGAAUAAAUUCCUACACAUGUCAAUGCAGAGCUGGGUUCACUGGAAGUAGCUGCCAAGUUAAUGUCGACGAUUGCAGUCCAAACCCCUGUAAAAAUGGAGGAACAUGCACAGAUGGCGUGAAUACCUUUACUUGCCAAUGCCCGUCCGGAUUCCAUGGGAAAACAUGUCAUAAUGGAACCAACGAAUGUGACCCAAACCCUUGCCAAAAUGGCGGCUCCUGUGCAGAUAUUCACCUUGACUACAAUUGCACGUGUAUAGCUGGGUACACCGGCAAGAGUUGCCAAACUGAUAUAAACGAAUGCCUGGCGGGAAUAUGCAACAAUGGAACAUGCACAGACAAAGUCAAUGCGUACACGUGCACAUGCUACCCAGGAUUCACUGGCAACAACUGCCAAACAAACAUCAACGAAUGCGCUCCAAAACCUUGCCAGAAUGGUGGCACCUGUAUCGAUGGCAUCAAUAGUUUUUCUUGCCAGUGUCCUCCUGGCUACACUGGUGCCCACUGUGAGACAAACAUUAAUGAAUGCAGCUCCAACCCAUGCAUUAAAGGAAACUGUAUCGAUGGUAUUGCAAACUAUACAUGUAACUGUAGCAUGGGAUACCAAGGGCGGAACUGCCAAGAACGAAUCAACUAUUGUUUGUCUUCGCCUUGCAAUAAUUCAGGCAGAUGUGUGAAUGAACUCGCUGGUUUCAAAUGCGUUUGUGCAGUGGGAUACACAGGAAGAACAUGUGAUGUGAAUAUCAACGACUGUUCGCCAAACCCUUGCAAUGCCACUGGUACUAAGAUGUGUGUUGAUGGAAUAAACAGCUACAAAUGCGAUUGCUUGAAAGGUUACACUGGAAAGUUUUGCGAAGUUGACGUUGAUGAUUGUGACCCUGGUAACAUUGACAAUGUGAUCGAAGGAGAGGGUGCAGUCACCGAAUUUGGCUAUUGUGGAAAACACGGCAAAUGUAUUGACGGCAUUAAUUCAUAUAACUGCAGUUGUGACAAAGGCUGGACGGGCAAGAAGUGUGAAAAAGAUAUUAACGAGUGUUUACCAGACCCUUGCCAAAAUGGAGGGAAGUGCUUUCAGACGUACAAUGCGGACUAUGUUUGUGAAUGCCCAAAGGGAUUCACUGGCAAAAACUGCUCCAUAAACAUCGAUGACUGUGUUAAUCAUCGUUGCUGCAAUGGGUCGAAAUGCAUCGAUGGAAUUAACAGCUAUAGUUGUCAGUGUGCUCCGGGGAAAAAGGGAAUCGACUGUUGUUCAACUACAUCUUGGUGCGCAAACAAUAAUACUUGUGUAAAUCAGAAGGGACGUUGCAUCGAUCUUGGCACAGAUUUCCGUUGUAACUGCUCAGUAGGAUACACUGGCAAACGAUGCGAGACUGAGCUCGACUUGUGCCUCAGCAGUCCUUGCAGUAACUCCUCCACGUGUAUAUCCAUUCUUGGUGGCUACAGAUGUCUGUGUGACUUUGGAAAAACUGGAAAGAACUGUGACGUCAACAUAGAUGACUGCUUCAACAAUACAUGUAAAAACGGGGCAACCUGUGUAGAUGGAAUUGGCAAAUUUACGUGUACAUGCCCACCUGGUGGUAGAUAUACCGGCCCAUUUUGUGAAGAUAUUGAUGAGUGUGGAGAGGGGAAAUGCAAAGAGCCAAAUCAGAGGUGUAUCAACACACCCGGAAGUUACCGAUGCGUAUGCAGAACAGGGUACACUGGUGCAAAGUGCGAGACAAAUUUGGAUAAUUGCAAUCCGAAUCCCUGCGAUGCUGAACGAUCGACAAGUUGUAUUGACUUGGUAAAUGACUUUGAGUGCACAUGCUUGAAAGGAUGGGAAGGAAGGAAUUGCACGACAAGAAAAUCUGGUGAAGAUCCUUGUGGAUGCAAAAAUGGUGUUUGUUUGUUGCGUAAUGGGUUUGAAACAUGUGUUUGUAAGCAAGGAUUUAGAGGGUCGAAAUGCGAAAUAGAUAUAAAGAAAGAAGCAGAGGAGAAGAAAUUGAACGCACAGAAGCAAGAAAAAGAUGAAGAUAAAAAGAAGUUAAAUAUCACACUUGGGGUUGUUGGGGGCGUUAUCGGUGCAAUUGUUGGAGUAGCAGCUGUGCUGAUUGUAAUGAAAUGCAGGCAGAGGAAAACACGGCUACCAGAGAAGACUGUCGGGUACUCGAACAUGGACGGGGAGCAGGUGGAUUUUAAAGGAGGCGACAUGAUGUAUAAGAAUCCAACGUACAGCUUGGGAAGGGCCAAUCUCGGUUUGGAUGACGAUAACAAUUUAAUUGUCAGUGAUGGUGUGGUCUCUGUUCUGCUAAAACGUUACUACAAUGGACACCAUACAUUCACAAAUGGUACAUAUUGCGAUGGCAUUGGCAAUGCAAAGAUGUUAAGCGAAUGCGAUAAUUGGUUCAAAAUAUGUUUGAAAACCUACACGUCAUCUUUUGAAUCAAAAGCCUGCGAUUACAUCGGGCAUACAUUUGUUUUGGGGGGAGAUGAUUUUGCGUUCCCGGCUGGUGGAUCUUCCAUUGGUAUUAAUGUAACAAAUCCGCUGAUUUUCCAGUUCAAAGGCAAAUGGCCGGGUGCUUUGGUAGUUGACAUCAAAACCUGGGACGAUGACUCUGGUGCUCCUAUUGGGUCUCCAGGUGGUAGCUACUCGUAUCUAAUAUCAAAGUUCAUAUCGCCCAUAUCACUGUAUAUUGCACCAAGCAAGGAACAGUUAACUUAUUUUCACAUCAAGGAUGGAUUCCUUCAAACCCAAGUGUCUUACAUAUUAGCAACGUUCAGUGCCUGGUGCGCACCAAAUUUCUAUGGAUGGAGCUGCGAUGUGUACUGCAAAGAGGAUCCGUCCAUCGGGCAUUAUACCUGUGACAAAAAAACAGGGACAAAGACUUGCAAGUCUGGUUGGAAAGGAUCUAUGUGCCACGAAGCUAUCUGCCAGCUAGGAUGUGACCUGUCACAUGCAAAUUGCUCCGAGCCUUGGAAAUGCGACUGUUACCAGGGCUGGGGUGGUGCGAAUUGUGAUCAAUGUGUUUCAAAGACUGGCUGUGCAAAUGGAAAAUGUGUUAGUGGAGAUGACUGUGUCUGCAACACCAAAUGGGCAGGAGAACUUUGUGAUAAAGACCUCAAUUCCUGUAGAAGUGGACCUUGUGUGAAUGGCGGUACAUGCAACAAUAUUUUGUCUUUGUAUUCUUUCAACUGCACCUGCAUCCCAGGGUUCACUGGUCGCACAUGUGAAACAGAGGUCAAUAUGUGCCAGCCAGACCCGUGUCGCAAUGGUGCUCAAUGCAUCAACAAGAGAACGGAUUUCUACUGUUCUUGUCCAGCUGGUUUUACAGGGAAGUCCUGUCAAAUAAAUAUAGAUGAUUGUCAACCUAAUCCUUGUUCCAAUAGCCAUAACUGUACGGAUCUAGUAAAUGAUUACAGAUGCAACUGUUAUGGUGGCUGGACGGGUAAAAAAUGCGAGGUUAACAUCGACGAAUGCAGCAGCUCGCCUUGCCAGAACGCUGCCCAGUGCGUUGAUGGCUUGAAUAUGUAUACAUGUCAGUGUCGUGACGGAUUCACAGGGCGACAUUGCGAGACAAAUAUCAAUGACUGCUUGCCUAGCUCAUGUUUAAAUGGUGGCAUAUGCAUUGAUGGCAUCAAUGGAUUUUCUUGCAACUGCACAAAAGGAUUUCUUGGCAAGACUUGUCACAACGGUACCAACGAAUGCUUGCCUGAUCCUUGCAAAAAUGGUGCAAACUGUACGGAUCUGCAUUUGGACUACAAAUGCUCUUGCAAACCUGGUUACACUGGGAAAGAUUGCCAAAUCGAUAUAAACGAGUGUUUGUCAAACCCUUGCAACAAUGGAAGCUGCACAGACCAAAUUAAUCGUUACACUUGCUCAUGUCUUCCUGGCUUCACCUCUCUACACUGUGAAGUGAACAUCAACGAAUGUUUGUCAACUCCAUGCUUGAAUAGUGGCUCUUGUAUUGAUGGAAUAAACGGCUAUAUAUGCCAAUGCCUUCCUGGGUACACCGGUGUUAAUUGCCAAACAGAUAUCAACGAAUGCAGCUCGGCUCCCUGUUUCAAUGGUGGUUUGUGCAUUGACAAAGUUGCCAACUACUCAUGCAACUGCAGUCAAGGCUACGAGGGAAGGAAUUGCCAAAAAAGAAUCGACUUUUGUGCCAGUAAUCCAUGCAAAAACUCUGUGACUUGCAUUAGUGGGCUUGAUGGUUUUAGAUGUGUUUGUAGAGAAGGUUUUACUUCGAAGACAUGUGAAGUAAAUAUUAACGAAUGUGCCUCAAAUCCUUGCAACGUUACUGGUACCGUGCAAUGUCUAGACCAAAUCGCCGAUUACAAAUGUGAUUGCAAAAAGGGAUUCAAAGGAAAGCACUGUGAAAUAGAUAUCGAUGACUGUGAUCCUGGAAAUUUUGAAAAUGCUAUUGAGGGUGUUGGAGUUGUAACUGAAUUCGGUUAUUGUGGCAGAAACGGUGAAUGCAUUGAUGGCAUUGCCUCGUAUAACUGCAGCUGCAAUAAGGGAUGGACUGGGAAGGCUUGUGAAGUUGACAUCAAUGAGUGUGGAUCUAUGCCCUGCAAAAAUGGAGGAGAGUGUUUCCAGACAAUCGAUGCGGAUUUUAGGUGCACUUGUAGAAGUGGAUUCACAGGCAAAGAUUGCUCAGCAAAUAUAGACGACUGUAUUGGCAACCUUUGCUGCCAUGGAUCAACUUGCCAGGAUGGCUUAAACUCAUACACGUGCGUUUGCCCAAUGGGCAAAAAAGGGAUCUAUUGCUGCUCAAAUUCCUCGUGGUGCGAAAACCCUUCAACGUGCUUCAACGGUGGUAUUUGCAGGGAUCUUGGAAGUAACUUUACUUGCAAUUGCAGUAAAGGAUUCGAAGGAACAAGAUGUGAAAAAGAGAUUAACGAGUGCCAGAGUAGCCCGUGUCGAAAUGGCUCAACCUGUUUGCCCUUAAGAGGUGGAUUUAGAUGUAUUUGUCAACCGGGAUUCACCGGCAAGCAGUGUGAUAUAAAUAUAAAUGACUGUGCUUAUCAUAAAUGCCUAAAUGGAGCAACCUGUUUAGACCUGGUUGGCUCAUACUCCUGCGUUUGUCCUUCCACCACUGGUUUUCAAGGGAAAUAUUGUCAAGAUAUAGAUGAGUGUACGACAGUAUUUUGCGGAACAGGUAAAAGGUGUAUCAACACUAUCGGAAGUUAUACUUGCUCUUGUCCAGUGGGAUUUACUGGUGUCACAUGUCAGACAAAUAUUGAUGAUUGUUCGCCAAACAAUUGUGAUUCAGAGCGAUCAUAUCGAUGUGCAGACAAAACCAAUGGCUAUGACUGUAUCUGUUUGCCUGGAUGGACCGGCGUUCAUUGCAAAAAACAGGUAAAUGUUUCCAGACCUUGUGGCUGUGAGCAUGGUGUCUGCUUGCUUAAAGAUGGUCUUGAAACCUGUCAGUGCUAUCCAGGCUUUGAAGGUUCUAAAUGCACGGUUGACAUUGAAAAGCAAAAGCAAAAGUCAAACGUGAAAAGUACAGACAAUGACAGUGAAAAGAAGAAGUUGGCUCUUUCUCUAGGAAUUAUUUUUGGACUGUUAACCAUCAUUACAAUAAUCGCAACUGUUCAUUUGAUGCGCGUCAAAAGGCGAAAGAAGACGAUUAGAAAUCAGCUGUCUAAAAAAACCUCUGAGGCUGUUUCUUAUUCAAAUGCCAGCACCGAGCAAAUCGUGUUUGGGGAAGGUACGACCAUGUUUCAUAAUCCUGCAUACGUAAAAAGCGAAAGCAAUUUUGGCGUAGAAUUAGAAGACUGACAUACCUAUCUCUAUGGACAAUCUGAAUUCAGUUGAUUUUUCCAGAAUUAUUGAGCACCAGCCAACCCUGUUGCAUCGAAAGCAAAAUGGAAUUAUGAGAGUACAAAGUGUUGUUAAAAAGUUGCAAUGAACCCUCGCUUCAUUUUUCCAAAAAAAAUUUUUGGCAAUAAUGGCAUCUCACGGAAUUCAUUGUUCGUUGUUUCUGAUGAAAGUAGUUUUUCUUAAACAGCUAAUCCAUUCAUAUAAAUUUCACGAUUUUGUUGUGAGCUGCUAGA